AAGUAUUUUUUUGACGUUGCGUUGUUGUUUGGGUUGGCGCUCUAAUUUUUGUGUUUCGGAUGUUUUCGGAUUUGUUUUAUAAUUUUACUUUGCGGACGUGAAAUAUUAAAGGAUCGGCAAAAUGCCGGCCUUUCUCAAAUAUAUUGACAUGGAGAACUUCAAGUCCUACCGGGGACAGCACCGGAUAGGACCUCUGAAAUCCUUCACUGCUGUGAUCGGGCCCAAUGGUUCAGGAAAGUCUAAUUUCAUGGACGCUGUCAGUUUCGUGAUGGGCGAGAAGACCUCUAUGUUGCGAGUGAAGCGGCUCAGCGACCUCAUCCACGGCGCCUCUAUCAAUAAAGCGGUUUCUAGAAGUGCAUCAGUCACAGCAACAUUUUUGUUGGAAGACAUGAGUGAGAAACAGUUCCAGAGAUCAGUUCUUGGGCAAUCAUCAGAACACAAGAUUGAUGGCCAGUCAGUGUCAGUAGCUCACUACCUGUCGGAGCUGGAGAAGCUGGGCAUCAACGUGAAGGCGAAGAACUUCCUGGUGUUCCAGGGGGCUGUGGAGAGCAUUGCCAUGAAGAACCCCAAGGAGAGGACCGCGCUGUUCGAGGAGAUCAGUGGGUCGGGAGUGCUCAAGGAGCAGUACGAGGCGUGCCGCGCGGAGGUGAACCGCGCGGACGAGGAGGCUCAGUUCUCCUACCAGAAGAAGAAGGGCGUGGCCGCCGAGAGGAAGGAGGCCAAGUUCGAGAAGGAGGAGGCCGAGAAGUAUACGCGGCUGAAGGAGGAACUGCAAGAGCAAAAAGUGGAGCUGCAGCUGUUUCACCUGUACCACAACGAGCGCGACAUACAGAACUUGGAGGAGGAGGUGCAGCACAAGCAGGCGGAGCUGGCCAAGGUGGAGAGAAAGAGAGGAAAGGCGGAGGAGACGCUGAGAGAGAAGAAGAAGGAGGCCGGGGCCGUCGCGCGCGAGCUCGCCAAGACCGAGCAGGAGAUUAGAGAAGUGGAAGCAGAAAUCUCCAAGAAGCGCCCAACCUUCAUCAAAGCAAAAGAGCGCGUCACCCACACUCAGAAGAAGCUCGAAUCCGCUCUAAAAACCUUAGAACAAGCGCGCAAAGCCCACGAGGCGCACCAGGCCGACAUCAGGAAGCUGGAGGAAGAGUUGAGGGUGAUUGAGGAGGAGAAGGCCACGUGGGAGCGGACGGCCACCGGGCAGGCUAAUACGGGCCGGUCGGAUGUGCAUUUGGAGGAGGCUCAGAUCCGCGAAUACGAGGAGCUGAAGAUGGAGGCGUCCCGUCGCGCGGCGCGCUACCUGCAGGAGCUGGACUCCGUGAACCGUGAGCAGAAGGCCGACCAGGACAGGCUUGAUAAUGAGACCAGGAAGCGGAGCGAGCUGGAGAACAAACAUCGACAGAAGGCUGGAGAACGCAACGAGGCAGUCAAGCGGGUAGAAAAACUCAACGAGCACAUCCGCAGCUCGGAGCAAGCGCUGGAGGAGCAGCGCCGCCUGCGGAAGGAACUGCAGACGGACGUGGGCGAGUGCCGCGGGCGCGCCGCGGAGAUCCAGGCGCAGCUCGAGGACGUGGCGGCGCAGCUCGGGGACGCGCGAGUGGACAAGCACGAGGAGGCUCGGAGGAAGAAGAAGCAGGAGAUCGUGGAGAGCUUCAAGCGGGAGAUACCCGGCGUGUACGACCGCAUGAUCAACAUGUGCCAGCCGACGCACAAGCGCUACAACGUGGCCAUCACCAAGGUGCUGGGGAAGUACAUGGAGGCCAUCGUGGUGGACAGCGAGAAGACUGCCCGGAAGUGCAUUCAGGUGCUGAAAGAGCGUAUGUUGGAACCGGAAACCUUCCUGCCGCUGGACUACAUCCAGGCUAAGCCGCUGAAGGAGAGAUUGCGUGACAUCCGCGAACCCAAAAACGUGAAGCUCCUCUUCGACGUACUCCGCUUCGAGCCCGCAGCCAUCCACCGCGCCGUGCUGUUCGUGACCAACAACGCGCUGGUGUGCGAGACGCCGGAGGACGCGUCGCGCGUCGCCUACGACCUGGACCGCAACAAGGCCACCAGAUACGACGCGCUGGCGCUAGACGGCACGUUCUACCAGAAGUCGGGCAUCAUCUCGGGCGGCUCGCUGGACCUGGCGCGCAAGGCCAAGCGCUGGGACGAGAAGCACCUCUCGCAACUCAAGUCCAAGAAGGAGAAACUGACAGAAGAGCUCCGUGAAUCCAUGAAGAAGUCUCGCAAAGAGUCGGAGCUGACCACCGUGGACUCGCAGAUCCGCGGCCUGGAGUCGCGCCUCAAGUACGCCGUCACCGACAGGGACACCACCAUGAAGCAAAUCAAGCAACUGGACGCUGAGUUGGCGGAGUUGGAGAGGAAAAUGGAGAUGUUUGGUCCACAAGUAGAAGAGAUCGAGCGUCAGAUCCUGCACCGCGACCAGCAGAUCCAGGAGGUGAAGGAGAACAUGAACACCGUGGAGGACGUGGUGUUCCGCGCCUUCUGCCGCGACAUCGGCGUCGCCAACAUACGUCAGUACGAGGAGCGUGAGCUGCGCGCACAACAAGAGCGUGCUAAAAAGCGCAUGGAGUUCGACGCGCAGAUCGACCGCAUCACCUCCAACCUCGAGUUCGAGCGCUCCCGGGACACGCAGAAGAACGUGACCCGCUGGGAGCGCUGCGUGCAAGACGGCGAGGACGAGCUCGAGGCCGGCAGACAAGCCGAGGCCAAGCAGCGGCAGGACAUCGACCGCGAGCUGCGCCGCGCCGAGGCGCUGAAGGCGGAGCGAGCCGCCGCCAAGGCCAGCCAUGAACAGCGCGACCAGGACACGGAGAAGGCCCGCAAAGAUCUUCAGAGCAUCCAGAAGGACAUCCAGUCGAUCCAGAAGCAGAUCGCGAGCCUCGAGGCCAAGAUCGAGAGCCGCCGCAGCGACCGGCACAACAUACUGAGGCAGUGCAAGAUGGACGACAUAAUAAUCCCGCUGCUGGAGGGCAGCCUCGACGACACGGAGACGGAGGCCAGCGACCCCAACAGCAUGUCCACCUCGCACCAGUACCAGCGCGAGAGCAGGAUCCGCGUGGACUACAGCUCGCUCGGCGAGAACCUCAAGGAGCUGGAGGAGGCGGACGAGGUGAAGCGCCGCGCCGACAAGCUGCAGAAGGGCAUCAACACGCUGCAGGCUACUGUGGACAAGAUACAGGCGCCUAAUAUGAGGGCAAUGCAAAAGCUGAACGAAGUGCGUGAGAAGGUGAGCGCCACCAACGAGGCGUUCGUGGCGGCGAGGAAGCGCGCGCACAAGGCGCGGCUCGCCUUUGAGAAGGUGAAGAAAGAGAGACACGACAAAUUCAUGGAGUGCUUCGAACACGUGGCCAACGAAAUUGAUGCCAUCUACAAGGCGCUGGCCAUGAACCAGUCCGCCCAAGCCUUCCUCGGGCCGGAGAACCCCGAGGAGCCGUACCUGGACGGCAUCAACUACAACUGCGUGGCGCCCGGCAAGCGCUUCCAGCCCAUGAGCAACCUUAGUGGAGGGGAGAAGACUGUUGCGGCGCUGGCGUUGCUGUUCGCUAUACAUAGCUUCCAGCCAGCGCCCUUCUUCCUGCUGGACGAGAUCGACGCGGCGCUGGACAACACCAACAUCGGCAAGGUGGCCUCCUACAUCCGCUCCAAGAAGGGCUGUCUGCAGACCAUCGUUAUAUCGCUGAAGGAAGAGUUUUAUGGGUGUGCGGACGCCCUCAUUGGGAUUUGUUCAGAGCCCGCCGACUGCCUGAUAAGUGACGUGUACACUCUCAGCCUGGAAGAAUAUAAGGACUAGACAUUUUAAAUUAUUUAUAGUGUAAUUUAGCUUUAGUUACAUGUCAAAUUACUGUGGCACGAAUGUAAAAAAGGAUUACGGUCUGAUGAAGCACGAGAAAAAUAUAUCUUUCCUGAAUA